CAUGUCAGGUGUACAUUGCCAUGAUGGCGUCAGACGAGCUGAGGAAACGUUUAGAAGAGUUGCUCGAGCGUCUCAACAUUGACACGAUCUGUGUCGAACAUCCACAGGUGUUUACGGUGGAUGAGAUGAUGCCUCAUGUAGCUCAUCUGAAUGGAAUGGUCACAAAGAAUCUCUUCCUGAAGGACAAGAAGAAGAAGAGUCUGUGGCUGCUGUCGGUGCGUCACGACCGGCAGCUGAACCUCAGCGACGUGGCCAAACGUCUGGGGCUCGGUGGUGGGAACCUGCGGCUCGCUGAAGAGUGUCUGAUGCUGGACAAGCUGAAGGUCGGCCAAGGAUGUGCAACAGCUCUCUCUCUCUUCUGUGAUGAAGAGCAGAGUGUGAAGAUGGUGCUGGACAGCGACCUGACAAGCGGAGGUCACGAGAGGAUAUAUUUCCACCCCAUGACCAACAGCGCAACCAUGGGCCUGAAACCAGACGAUGUGCUCCGGUUUCUGAGGGAGACGAAGCAUGAGCCCAUCAUCCUUAACUUUGUCUGAGAUAUUUCUGACCAGGGGCCUCAUUUAUAACUGUUGCGUAUGCACAAAACAUGGAAUUUAUAAAAACAAACUUGACUAGAAAAUUUACGCACCUGCACGCAAACUCUGAGCCAUGCGUACACGCAUUCUGGAGACAAGGGGAACAGAUGGCGAGGUGGUGAACUGAAGUCAGAUUGUAGAAAGUAAAUGUGAGAUGAACUCAGAGCUGUCUCACCAUCAAAUCCACUACGGGACCAUGCAUAGCCUACUCUACUGUACGCCUUCUUUACUGGUGUGAGUGAAGUAAUAAUACAGGCAGAAUCAUUUCAAAUCUGAUUUCUCUUUUAUUACACACAUUGGAUUAAAAAAUGCACUCUUAUUAAUGAAGUUAAGCACUCAACUGAUGUCUAAAAGUACAAAAAUAUAUAUUUCUAUAGUGCAUGCGCUGUUUUUAAACAUUUUCCUGUGGCAUGUUGCGCUUUUUAAUCCGGUCACGUGCAUUGAAAGUACACAUGUAAAUUAUAUGCAGAUGAGGGUAUGCAUAGUUAAACUAGGCGUCGCAAGCUCCAUAUAUGGUUAUGUCAGGGAGGAGAUUUGGUGUAGAUACACGUAAGCACACGUCCCCUGUCAGGGAUUUAUAAAGGAAAUUAUGCUCAGGUUCUGGAAACGUUUGUGUGUGCGCACACUCUAAGGAUGAAAUCUACGCAAAGUUUAUAAAUGAGACCCCUGAUCUGCUGCUCGGUAACAAGCUGUUAAAAGACCUGACCAGACUGCUUUCAGUGGUUUCUUAUGAUUUCUGGGUGUUUUUGGUUAGUGGGUUUGUAAUAAUGUUACAAAAUGUGAUCAUGUUGAGAUCAUCUCAAAUGACAUGAAGCUGCUGUCAAAGCCUUUUCCACAUGCUGUUGUUACUGUAAACUGCAAAAGGGUUUUUAAAGGCAAAGGCGGUUUCCUCUAUUGCAACUCGCAGGUAUCACACACACACACCAGGGACAGUGUGUGAGCACUCCUCAAUUUCAUUGUGAUCUUAUUUGCCAAUAUGUGGUUUUUGAACAUGAAUCAGUGGAUCGGUUCUAUAUCACGUUGUCAAAUCCUUGUUUUGUAUCUGUUAUUUGUGCGUUAGAAUCUAGCAAUGACAGCUUCAGAUUAUACAAAUUCAGCCUGAUCUUGGCACUGUGAUUUUAUGCUGAAUCUGUUCUGUUGCCUUGUGUUUUUCACCAACCAAAUACAGUUUCAGUUGUUAACCGUAA